GAGCCUCCAGCGAAAAAGAGGCGGUUUUUCGCUGGUCCUGACGAUGACGCCGGUUUCUCAGCCUCCUCCAGCCCGGCAGCCGUGAUCCCCGCCGCAUCGUCCAAGUCACUCGCUGACCCAUUACAUCCUCACUCCUCCCCUGUCAACUCCUCCGCGUCGCAGCCCGAUGUCGAAGCUGAAUCUUCAAUAUCCGGUCACUCGGGGCCGCUGGCCUUUGAUCAGCACACCUUCGAGACCUUCGUUGGAGAUAAAGUGAAGCCUGAUGUGCUGGAUCUCAUUAGAGACCAUUGUGGUGACAACAUCGAGACGGCCGUUAAUAUGUACUUUGAUGGGACAUGGAAGAAAUUCAAAAAGAAAGACAUCAGCGGCAACACGGCGUCUGCCCGACUAGCCGCGCCGUCAAAACCGAAAUUCCACGAGACCCGACCACCAGAUGCCGAUUUAAGCCUACACGACGCUGUCAGAUUCAUGCCUGCUUCCCGAUAUAUCGGUGCGUUUGGCGUGGAAGGGUGGGCGACUAGGAGUGGCGCCAAUUUGCUGCAUCACGGCGAUGUUGUCAAGAUUGAGAGGCAGAAGAUCCAGCCUCCCAAGAAAGCCAGUUUGGCGGCCAUGAAGAGGGUCGAUGUCGUCGUUCGGUUCACCAACGAUAAGGGUGUCGAGAUUGGCCGCCUGGCCAAGGACACGGCGAACUGGGUAUCCUCGUUGAUUGACCAGAGGGUGUGUAGGUUCGAAGGGACCUGCGUUUACGCACCUGAAAAGCUUAGGACCAACGACACCGUUUUCCUCCAACUGCGGUGCUCCUUGCUAAGGUCCGCAUUCGAACAGCGAGGUUUCCAACUUUCAGACAAUAGAACUGCAGGGCUUUUCGAAGAGAAGGAGACAUCGGGGGAGCGCGAUCUUCGCAUGCGCCAGGUAGCCUUGGUCAGGCUGUUCCAGGAGAUCAGUUUGAACCCGUCCAAGAUGAAUGCCGCUGCCGCCAGACACCAGCGCCAGGGCCUUCUUGACGCGGUUGACCUGGCAGAGAAACGCGACAAAGAGGCUCCAAAACUAGGAAGAGGGGAUGCCGGGUCAUCCGCGACGUCAGAGGACGAGGACGGUGAAGAAUUACAACAGGACCAGCUUGACUCGCUCUACAGAAAGGCACAGUCGUUUGACUUUACAACCCCAGGGGCAGAACCGAGUGAAACCUUUGCAAUGACUCUGCGUCCCUACCAGAAACAGGCUCUUCACUGGAUGUUAUCUAAAGAAAAGGACGAGAGGGGGAAACGGCAGGAAGCAUCAAUGCACCCUCUUUGGGAGGAAUACAUCUGGCCGGCCAAAGAUUUUGACGACAAAGACCUACCUCGCGUGGCCGACCAGCCAUGCUUUUACAUGAAUCCUUACUCUGGAGAACUGUCCCUCGACCUUCCUUUACAGGAGCAACAUUGCCUGGGCGGUAUCCUCGCUGAUGAGAUGGGGUUGGGCAAGACUAUUCAAAUGCUUAGUCUAAUUCAUACUCAUCGGCUCCAAGUCCCCGAGGAUGCCAAAAUAUCGAGUACUGGCCUUGUGUCUGUCAACGACCUACCACGUUUGCCUUCGGUAGCAGUCGGUAGUGAUUCUCGCACCACUUUGGUUGUUGCACCUAUGUCGCUUCUUGCGCAGUGGCAGAGCGAGGCUGAGAACGCAUCGAGAGAAGGGACACUUAGAUCGAUGGUGUAUUACGGAAACGAUAAAACAACCGAUCUUCGGACCCUCUGCUGCUCAGCUCAAGCAGCCACGGCACCAGACAUUAUCAUUACCAGCUAUGGCGUGGUUCUCUCAGAGUUCAACCAGAUAGCAUCCAAGGGUGGUCGUAAGGAUGGCCAUCGCGGCAUUUUCUCUGUUAAUUUCUUUAGAAUCAUUCUCGAUGAGGCUCAUAACAUUAAGAACCGGCAGUCAAAGACCGCAAAGGCGUGCUACGAGCUCUCCGCCGAGCACAGAUGGGUGCUCACUGGCACCCCGAUCGUCAACAAACUUGAAGACCUUUUUAGCCUGGUUCGGUUUCUCAAGGUGGAGCCUUGGAACAAUUUCUCGUUCUGGCGUACAUUUAUUACUGUGCCCUUCGAAUCAGGCCAUUUCGUGAAAGCCUUGGACGUCGUGCAGACCGUGUUGGAACCGCUGGUUAUGCGGCGAACCAAGGAUAUGAAGACGCCGACCGGUGAUGCGCUCGUCGCCCUGCCUGCUAAGCACAUUGAAAUCGUCGAUGUUGAGUUUUCAGAGACCGAGCGAAGCAUCUAUGAUUACAUCUUCACCCGUGCCAAGAGAACAUUCAACGACAAUGUUCGGGCGGGGACCGUUAUGAAGGCUUUCACAACCAUCUUUGCCCAGCUUCUGCGGCUGCGCCAGAGCUGUUGUCACCCAGCUCUUGUCCGCAACCAUGAGGUCUUGGCAGAUGAAGACGAGGCUGCCGCGAGCGCCGACGCAGCGACUGGUUUUGCUGAUGACAUGGACUUGUCGUCGCUGAUCGAGCGAUUCACCGCGGAUACCGACGAUGAGAGAGAUGCAAAUGCUUUUGGGGCUCAUGUUCUGCAGCAGAUCCGAGAUGAAGCCGCCAGUGAGUGCCCUGUGUGUUGCGAGGAGCCUAUGAUCGAGCAGACUGUCACAGGAUGCUGGCAUUCAGCUUGCCGGAAGUGCCUCCUUGAUUUCAUCAAGCACGAGACCGAUCACCAUGUCGUUCCGAAGUGCUUCAAUUGUCGUCAAUCUAUCAACCCUCGAGACUUGUUCGAAGUUGUCCGGCACGAUGACGACCCGGAGGUGAGGUCAGGACAGACAACCCCGCGCAUCAGCCUCCAGCGGCUUGGUGUCAACUCUUCCUCUGCCAAAGUGGUCGCUCUAAUGAAGCACCUGCGGGCCCUACGCAAAGAACACCCGCGAAUGAAGUCUGUCGUCUUCAGCCAGUUCACCUCAUUCAUGUCACUCAUAGAACCUGCCUUGUCAAAAGCCAACAUGGAUUUCCUGCGUCUGGAUGGAUCUCUGGCCCAGAAAUCCCGUGCGGCUGUGCUGAACGAUUUCCGCGACGCAGACAAAUUCACUGUCCUACUGAUUUCUCUCAAAGCCGGCGGUGUGGGGCUCAACUUGACGUCGGCUAAGCGAGUGUUCAUGAUGGAUCCGUGGUGGAGUUUUGCAGUGGAAGCUCAGGCCAUUGACCGCGUGCAUCGGAUGGGACAGGAGGAUGAGGUCAGGGUUAUUCGAUUCAUCGUGAAAGAGAGUGUCGAAGAGAGGAUGCUGAAGGUGCAGGAGAGGAAGAAGUUCAUUGCCACGUCUUUAGGAAUGAUGAACGACGAAGAAAGGAAGAUGCAACGCAUCGAGGAUAUCAAAGAGCUUCUCAGCUAGUCUGUCUAGUACGAUGAUCCUAAAAUGACCUAAAUGUUUUGGAAGACCG